AUGGCGCUCUAUGAAGCGCGCCUGAUGAUGGCGAAUACUCUUCAGCUCAAUGCUCCUCAGCCUUUGACUGCGACCAUGCUUCCCCUCGAAGUUCUUUUGCGUCAGAUCACUCAAGCGUCGCCUUCACCUCAGACUCUCGCGGGUGUCUCCGCCCCUCCUUCAAUUCAGCAGAUUCUGCAGCCGUCCAGCGGUCAUGUUCAACUCGCGCAACUUGCUGCAGCGCCCAAGAUGCACAUGGCUGACAGCACUAUGGCCGGGGACAAGCCUGCGAACAAGGCCAUGGAGGAAACGUCUCCCUCUCCUACUGGGUCAGCCAACUCCAAGACUGCACUAGUUUGCCCUCGCAAGAAAAGAGAGUCUUCUUGGAAGCAUGAUGCGAUAAACUCUGACGAGCCUGUUGCUCUCACAAAGGAGCUGCUUGAGAGUCAUUUCAACUCUCCUCUUGCGCUUGUCUCGAAGAAACUCGGAAUCUGCCCUACCGCUAUCAAGAGGGCAUGCAGGAAGCUCGGAAUCUCAAAGUGGCCUUACAAGUCACCAAACCCAGGGCCCAAGAAGAAGAAGGGGCUCGUUGUUGGUGAGAAGAAGCUGACUUCCAACUGUGACAUGAUUGAGAGUGCCAACAAGGCCAUCGAAGACAUUCAGAACUGGUCGAAGCUGCAGGAGAAGCUUGACAUGAAGAUCAGUCCUUCCAACGUCCAUACCUUAGCUACAAACGGGCCUAUGGGCCUGAACAACUUUUGUUUCAAGUAG